CCGGGCCCGAUAAAGGCAGCCUUUUCCACCUUGUUGGACUCUUCAGGCACGGCAGUUCAUUGGUACCGCAGCUCCGCUACAGCAACACGCAUCUCCUUCUCCCAGUGGACGGUAGCUACAUCGCCGACUGACAGGUGCCGGCCUCAUCAUGUCUGCGGACGACCAGGCAUUCCUGGACGUGCUAUCGUCCCUACCGAACGAAAUCCAGAAGUACUCCCAAGAUGUUGCCGACGUUGUGAACAAGCACGUCGACCAGAUAGCCGGGACACUACGAGACACCCUCGCUAAGUCGCAGUGGGUGCCCGAGCAGUUCCGCCCACGACCACCCCCGCCGCCCGCAAUCAUCACUGUUCCCACAUCCGCCCUCGAACGGGUCCAGAAUUGGCUUUCGAGGCACAAGAUAUUAGUCAGCUUCAUCGUUGUGACGACUGGCGUAGUUGCCUAUAGGACGUACCGAAGCACAGCGCGAUGGAGAAAGACACGGCGGGCGAGACGAGCCCGCAGUGGCGGCCGGAUGGAUGUUGUCGUCAUUGCCGGCUCCCCGGCCCUGCCCCUGACAAGGUCGCUAUCGUUGGAUCUGGAGAGGAAAGGUUUCAUCGUCUUUAUUGUGUCCAACAGCCACGAGGACGAAGUCAUGGUGCAGAACCUGGCGCGGCCCGACAUCCGGCCACUGAGCAUAGAUAUUACUGAUCCCCCAAGCGCCGGCAAUUCGAUCGACACCUUCGCUCGCUAUCUUCAAUCACCCCACGCCGCUAUUCCCAACGGGAAGAAGCACCAUCUCUCCCUCAAAGCGGUCAUCCUCAUCCCCUCUCUGAACUACCAAACCUCGCCCAUCGCCACGAUCCCACCCUCCAGCUUCGCCGACCUCUUCAACACGCACCUCCUCCAGCCGAUCCUCACAAUCCAGGCCUUCCUCCCCCUCCUAACCGCCCGCCUCGCUCCGCCCUCCGACAAAGACCGACCGACCCCCAAAGUCCUCGUCUUCACGCCCUCCAUCAUCUCGUCCAUAAACCCGCCCUUUCACGCUCCCGAAGCAACCGUGUGCUCGGCCCUCUCAGCCUUCACCGAAGUCCUCACCGCCGAGCUGCGGCCCCUCGGCAUCCCCGUGACGCACAUACAGCUAGGCACCUUCGACUUUGCGGGCUUCACCCCCGCGGCCAACUCUCGCCUGCUCCACCCGCACGGCUUGCUCCCGGCGCCCGAACACGCUGAGGAGCUGCCGUGGCCCGAUUCGGCGAGGCAAGCCUACGGGAAGAACUUUGUCUCGCAGUCUGGGUCGGCCAUCAGCGCUGGCAAGGUACGCGGGCUGAAGGGUAGCUCGCUCCGGGAGCUCCACAAUGCCGUGUUUGACGUUAUUGACGGGUCCAUCACGAGCGGUACCGUGCGGGUGGGCUUGGGGGCUAGUGUCUACGGGUUCGUUGGGCGGUGGGUGCCGAGGGGGUUGGUGGCGUGGAUGAUGGGGAUUCGGAGGGUGGAUGAGCUGGCCAUGUGGCAGGGAAAUGGUUCAUCAGCGUUCGGGAGUCCGAAGUCGGCGGGCAGUGAUGGGGAGGUUGUAGGGAGUGAGUCCUUCGUUGCGGUCCCGCCUCUGGAGCAUGUUGGUGAUGCAAAUGUUUGGAAGGAGGGUUAAAUUGGGGUUGGCUAGGUUGGGUAUAUUGGAUCAUGGCCGGUACAGGCACACCUCGCUCGAUAAAAAAGUAACUCACGAACCCGCCUAUGGAUGAACCAUGGAUAUAGGGCCAAUACAUAUUAUGCC